AUGCCAUUAAUUGCCACACUGCAGGCCGCCUGCCGCCUCCCUCCGGCCUCGUUCCACUUCCAGACGGGGGUUUAUAUACCCGUCAGGGGCAGUCCCAAUGGCCGAGAAAGUUCUCUGCGCACGAGAAUUGUGGACGCGGACUCCAGUCGCUGGAGCCGGGCCACUCGUCACGCAGACGCCAUGCUCUGCGGGCCCCAGCUGGCCUGCUGUCCCCAGCUGGCCUGCUGUUCCCUGCUGGCCUGCUGUCCCCUGCUGGCCUGCGUCUCCCUGCUGGCCUGCCUCUCCCUGCUGGCCACCGCAGCGCAUGACUCCAGAGGUUCGAUAUAUUUCGUUGAGUUGGAUCACGAGCCAAGGAUUUAUUCAGCAGCACCUUCUGGAGUCGUGGUCACUACCAUAACUGCAAUCAGACAAGACGUUUCGGAACUGAAACCUCGCUACAUGCUGCAUGGGAAUUCCACAGACAUUAACUAUUUCCAGAUACAUCCAGAGACUGGCAACAUAACAACGCGCAGGUACAUUGAUCGUCCGGUGGGCUCUAAAUACAUGGUUGUCGUCGCAGCAUAUUCUAAUGAAGAAAUUGCAUACAUUAAUCUGAGCAUUCGAGUAGUAGAAUACAAUCGUUAUCCACCUAUCUUCAAUUCAUCAAACUAUAUAGUGUGGGUGGACGUGAGGACUCCGGUCGGCACGGUGGUGCUGCAAGUAUACGCUCUGGACAAGGACCCCACGCCCUACAACUCCGAGAUCCGCUACAGCAUGGACAAGCAGAGCGUGGUCAGCAUGAACCGCGACACCGGCCAGCUGGUGCUGCGGCAGAAGCUGCCCGCGGACCGGCAGAACGUCUCGUUCGCCAUCAGGGCGGAGGACGGCGGCUCUCCGCGCCGGCUCAGCUCGGCUCGAGUCACGCUGGUCUUGAAGACAACUGCAGAAUCCUGUCAAGCCAACAACACUACGGAUUAUUUGUGUUACUGCUCAAACUAUAUGAACGGCUCUAUUUGCUUCCUGAACAAGUCGUGUGGAAAUAUUGAACACACCUGCUUCUCUGGUGGCAACUGUUCCCGGUCAAACAAUUUCACAUUCAGCUGUAACUGCCCAGCUGGUUUUUAUGGCGCCAACUGCAAAAAAUAUGAUUCGUGUUUGUACUCUCCAUGCUUGCACAAAGCAAUGUGUGUGGGCAAGUUGAAUUUUAAGUACACGUGCAGGUGCGAGGGUGGACACACAGGUGUUUACUGUGAGAGGAAAUCCGACGACUGCUCGUCUCAGCCAUGCUUUAACAGUGGAACAUGCAUUGAUGCAUCAAACAGCUACGUAUGCAACUGUGCGGAAGGAUUUUCAGGGAAAAGAUGUGAAGAAUUUGUAGAUCAGUGCCCUGACGAGACAGUGAUAACUGAUAAAGGGAUCUUCAAGUGGUCACCAGUACAGUAUGGAAAGAAAGCUAUUAUACCAUGCCCAUAUAAUACAUACCAAAAACUUACGACAUUGCACUGGAAUGAAGAUGCUAUUUACUUAGACAACAGUGAAACCAAUUUCAAUAGAGAAGAAAAUCUCAUAAGUUUCUACAAAACUCCUCACAUAUUUUUGAAAGGAAACUACGACGAAUUUAGCACCAAAAAGGAUUUUGAACUUGAUAAUUUAAAUCCUUUUCUUCAAAGUUACACGAAUGUGUCCCAAAACGAUGGUUUGUUGAAUCAUGGGGUGAAUUACGCUGUGCGAGAUUGCAGGAAGUUGGAAAAUGGAAGUAUUUCCUGGGAAAAGAUGGAUGAUUCAGCUUGCAAAAAUAAGCUCAACUUAUUCUGGAUCAAUACUUAUCUGCAGCUUGAAGAAAUUACAAGAGACCCUGCUCAGAUCAAUGGUAGCUUGUUUGCUCACGCAACAAAACAGCUUAAGAACACGUGGCGAUUCGCUCUUGCAAACAAUGAGAUAGCACAGAUCAUUGUAGCCAUCAUAAGCAACCUGAUGGCUGUAAACACAGCAGUUCUAGAAGAAUGUGACAAGAAUGGAACAUUGUCUCGAGAUCUGGUUUAUGUGAUAAACGAAUAUUGCUCCUUCACAAAACUAUCGUACGGAGAAGAAAUUAUUACAUCAGAAAAUAUUGCCUUGAAGACCUCAGAUGUUAUCAUAGAUGAAGAAACAAUAAAUGAAGGUAUUUCAUUUUCACCAGUGCAUGGAAAAUACAGUUUACAAAACACUCAAGGAAACGAAGCCGUGAACAAGAAUACAUCUUUUAACAUUCCCGCCGAAGUUCUGAUGGAAAUAAAGAAUCAAACAAAAGUCAGGAUAUUUUUUGUGUCCUUUACAAACAGCAAAUUCUUCAGAACAUCAACAAAUGUGGAUAAAUAUAAGUACAGCGGUCAAGAAGAGAAAUUACAGUUUACUGAUCAGCGUGUAAUAACAGCAACUAUUCUCAACAAUAGUAUGAUUAAUCUUUCAGAAGCUGUUACAUACACUUUGCCUAAUUUGUAUGGAAAACUCAAACAAAUCUGUGUGUAUUGGGAUCCAGAAACUCAAGCAUGGCACGAGGACGGUCUGACGACCAAUCAGAGCGAGCAUGUCGUCAACUGCUACUCCUCCCACAUGACUGUGUUCUCUGUGCGCGUGGACGGCGGUCGAGGCUCAGCGAGCAGCGAGUACGUCGGACUGACCUACCUCGCCUACCUCGGCUCGGCCUGUGGCAUUCUGAUCCUCGCCGUCGCCAUCGGCACCCUCACCUUCUCAAGGAACUUGAAUGUUACACACACAGGAAGAAUAUUUGUGAACCUAUGCGUGUCUCUCAUCUUGACCAACCUGUCGUUCUUGACGUUGGCUUUCAAAGACUACGUGACUCUGGUUGAUUUCUGCACUGGCGCAGCCUUGCUGAACCACUAUUUGGUCCCCGUCUGCCUCAUAUGGAUGGUGUUCGUUGCGUUCGACAUGUAUUGUGCCACAACCAACGCCACUGAAAUACACGGACAAAGUUUCAUGCUUAAGAAGAUAUUCUUUGCAUGGAUUUUACCCUUUUUUGCCGUGGCCGUUUGUGCUGCGUACGACUUGGGAUUCUACAAAUCUGAUGAGACUAAAUAUUGCUUCUUCAUGCCACAAAACAUUUACAUCUACUGCACAUCCUAUCUUGCGCCAUGUUGCGCAAUAAUGACUGUCAAUUUUUUUAUUUUGAGCAUUGUCUGCAAAAAUGUAUUUCAGAAGAAAGAUUUGAGGAAAAUAAGAUCGAGUGGAGAAGUCAUUGUAACAAACAAACAGGUUCUGUGCGCCGUGGCUUCGGCCGCGCUGUUCGGCGGCGCCUGGGUGUUCGGCACGCUGGCUCUCUCCGAGCUGAGGCACGCCUUCCAGUACGUGUUCAGCGCCGCGAACCUACUGCUGAGCCUGAGCACGCUGUGUCUGUGCUGCGAGCAGCCCUGGUCGCGCCUGCUGGCGGCUAGACGACCGCCUUCCUCCUCCGCCGUCUGCUCCUUGUCCCAGUCCCAGUCCCCGGGUCUCCCCUCCGGGGACCAGCUCCUCAUCUCGUGCCAGGAGGUGCUGGAGGACUACUCCUUCGACCUGGGCCGCCGCGGUCCAUCCGACGACGUGGCCACUUCCCUCCGGCCGCGCGCCGCCGACCAGUUCUUCUCCCGCAAGGAGGGCAUCUACUCCUCCUGGCAGUACCUGCAGAUGCCCCUCAAGGGCAUCAUGAAGCACAAGGAGGCCGCCGCCCCGCGCCGCGAGAACCACGCCUUCGGCGGCAAGGACCACAGCAAGGAGUUCACGUUCAUCAACACCAAGACCGUGAUCAUCUCGGACCAGAGCUUCAUCGCGGGCGCCUCCACCACCGAGCAGUCCCUGGGCGACUCGCAGUUGGAGAACAGCUUCAGCUCCUUCUCCAGCCUCGCCAACCCCACCACCAGCAACAUCUACGAGCUCAAGAAGAAGAUAGACAAGAACCUGUCUUUCAGGGACUUCAACAACGAGAGCUACGGGAUAACGGAGAACGACAAAGAACUCAGCCAGCUGUCUCACAUAUACUGCUUGCUGCCGCAAGCAACUGAGCCACCGUCCGACACUUUUGUGGUGAUUAACGGACAGACAGUUUACACGAACAACCCUUCAGUCAGGCUGAAUCUAGGAGAAAAGAGCAUGUUCCUGCCGUACGGGGAUACCAGCAUCCACAAGUCGACUUGCAAGUCCAACUCUCGCAUCUCAAUUAUACGUUUGGAUGAGAAAAAAGAUACCAGGAAGAAUAGUCGCUACAAAGCAUUUCUUCAUAAUUUGUCGGACAACUUUAAUUUAGGAUCUGACAAAGAUUCUUGCACUAGUGACAGUUGUGACAGCACUUGUGACACUAAUGUUCGGGAGUCUCUAAGGAACAAUGAAUUGAAGAAAUUUUUAAAAUAUUAGAGAUCUUAUUUAUCUUAACUCUAUAGUUGUGUUCUCUUAUGAGGGUCAUGGGUUUUUGCUAGCGGGACCACAAACUGAAUUAAUUUUCAAUCUUAAAAGUUAGUUUCUAGAUCGUUGCUUGGCCUUUGGUAAUAAGAACAACUAUAGAUGAGCUUACAUUACAAACUUCGAUUUCGUAUCCUUUAAGAUUACUACUGAACUCAUAAAAUAUUUGUAAAAAAAUUGUAAUUUUCCAUCCACCACAGCACUGGUUUGUUAAAAAAAUUUGUAAGCUAUGUACGUAGUAAAUUAAUGGUUUCAAUUGACUUCCCAAAAUUUUAAUUACAAAGAGAUUUUUUUGCCGAUAUCUAAAGCAACUAUGGUGCUUGAUAAGCCAAAUAUUUUAAUAUUGCGUUUGUUUCCAUUCAUUAAUUGCGAAUUGUAGUCAACAGGAUGGCAAUGAGUUGUUUUUACAUAUUACUGAGUGCCGUGAGCACACAGUGGUGACAGUCGUGACACACCCAUGCUUCCGAAGACAGGAUGAUUGGGCGGUUGUUUACCAUUGUCUUGCGCGGUAUGAAGGUGAAAGGGACGUCACAAACACCCAGUCCUGAACGCAGGGAGAAGGUAAUGAAAAACCUCCCUUUCCGGGAAUCGAACCCGGGCCCCUUGGCUUACCAGCCAAACAUGCUAGCCACUAAACCAAGUGGGUGGACUAAGCACAAAAUUUUCUGAUAAAUUUUUCCGAUACCAAUUUAAGUCGUUUUAUGAAACAAAGUUGUAAGUAGAGCCAAUGCUAAUUUACUAAGUAAGAUGAGUUUUGUAAAUAUUUCAAGUCUACCUAGAAUGUGGUACAGUUAAACCACGGCAAACGUUUUGCUUUCGAAAUUCCCGCUUAAGGGCAUGCAUUUUAGUAUGAUCACUUGGGGAAAACAUUCUUGAUUUACUCAUGCCAACCAAGGACAAUACAGACAGAAUAUCGCCACCUAAGCAGUAAAAAUAUAUUUUUCCUCCACAUAUGGAGCCACGUAUAACUUUUUGUCAUGUGCAAAGAAAUUCUAUGCCGCAUUUCUAUGUCCUUUAUUCUCACUGAGGAAAAUUUCAGUAAAAACUUUCUUGUUCAAACACUUCACGCCUUUAUAAGUAAUUUAUGUUUAAGUGUUAAUUUCAUAUUCGUGUCUCGAGACCAAGGCCGUCUUAUUUCUCAAUACAUCUCCUUUAAACUCCCUGUUUCACAGCCAGUUAUUAAGACGAUCUUCGCGAAGACAGUUUCGAGAUCAGCUCGUGGCUUACUACUUUCUGCCUGACGAAGUAAUUGCAAUUUUUUCCCCCUUAUCUAACUGAAUCUAAGUGUAUUUGGGAGGGUCCCGGGUUAGGGGAGGGACCUAGGUGCGUCUCAGGCCGAAGCCUAUACGCCUGGUCAUGCUGGGAUAAGCCAUGCAGGGAGAGGGUCGCAUGCAUCAUGUGCUAGGAGGGGAUUGGCCAGCCAUGACUAACUCCCCUCACUCUUAACUCUAGGCUAAACUACUAGAUAAGCUGGGCCCAGGUAAAACCUGCAUAGACACAGGGAAAACCCUGUCAUCGGAAGACAAAAAUCUCGUCACUAUGAAGUAGAUAUAUGUAUUGUGAUAAACGAGAGGGUUUCUUAAUGGAGUGAAAAACUCAAUAUAGUUAAACACUAUUCCCUGAAAUUGAUUUUAGUUUCUGAACCCUCAUUAAACAGGUGAGUCCCGAAUGCGAGUCCAGGUUUUCCCCACAGUGCUACCUGAAUCCGUCGGCCUUCACUCACCCAAUCCUAAACUGCUUCAUAACUUGGCUGUGCUUUAAGCAGCGCGCUUUGUUCCCGACCACUCGAGGCGUCUGUUUCUGAAAUCCCAAACGCCAGUGAUAGCAUUCCAAGUCGCUGGCUUGUAUGGCUUUUCAGUUGUCUCUCAUUACCUGUGGCAGGACUCACCUCCUCAGAAAUUAUAUUCGGAAAUUCAUAGCAACGUAACAUUUAUGUCACUUUGAACUCAUUGUCAAUUUGAUUUCAAGUGCAGCAACAAAGUUAACCUUUAUUUCAAAAAAAAGUUUUAAUUGAUGGCAUUUUUACUAACAGAAAAAAAUUAACUGUAAUCAAAAAUAAGUCACUACCAAGGGGAAAAAAAACACACGUUCUUUCUAUGUACAGUUACACCGUAGAGCUUUUUUUUUUUUUUGCAACAAAAUAUGUCUCGCUAGUACUUUUGUGUAACGGCUCUGGAGUAAACGGCUCUGGAGUAACAGUAAAUACGUAAUUGAUCGCCGCUGUAUCUGUUCUAAUGCUGUUAUUUGUGUUAAUGUGUAAUUUGUCAUAUCAAAGUUUGCUACUCAAUGGUACAGUAAUUUUAAGUAUGGUAGUUCACAACCAUGACAAAUUCUUGUUGUGUUUUCAAGUUUAAAAUGACUGAUCUUGACGUAAUUAUAUGAGAAAAAUGUUGAAGGAACAAGAAACAAUUAGUCUGUGUAGUAUGUAUGGUUAUUAAGAUGACCUUAUGACAUCAAUGUAAUAUUCAAACCCCUAUCAAAUGUGGUGUUUGUAAAGAUUUUGUGUACGCAGUAACUGUCUUUAACACUGCCAAAUGUAACGCCAAACUAAGCAAACAAUAAGUUUGGAAUCUUUUGUAUUUUUUUGUAUGCUUCAGUUUCACGCAGAAAAAAUAUGUAAUGAAUAAGUUUGUUUAUUUAACUACCAAAAUAUGAACAUCAUGGUUGUGCUUUGAUUCGCUUGUGUUUACAUUCUUCCAACUGAACAGAUAAGUGUGUACUACCCAUGAAGUCCUUUUUGUGUAACGCCGCGUAUGCAAAAUCUUUACUUUUUCAUUAGUUAUUUACAUUAAUGUAUUAAAACUAUUGUUGUGCUGAUUUAAGAAUUUUCAUUGAUAAUAGUCAAAUUUUCAUUUAUUUUGUUACCUGUAAUUUUUUGUACAAAGUGAUUGACUGUAUUUAUCAUUAGCCAAGACUGAAUAAAUUGUGUACAUAAGCAAGUCCAAA